UGUCACCGCUUAAAACCCUGGUAGUGUGGCACUAAAAUCUCGUCUCUCUUCCUCUUUCGUUUCUGUAGCCGCCUUUCUUAUUCCUCUGAGUCUCUUCCAACCAUCAAUUCUCUUUUUAUUAUAAUUUUCAUUCUUAACUGAAAAUCGCAAGCAGCCCCUCAAUGGCGAAGAACAAAAGAGAACGAAACCAAAAUCCGCAACCUUUUCUAGCAGAUGACGAUUCCGUCGCCUCCACAAAGAAACGCUCCAAGGCUGCCAAACACCACCAAAAACAAGACAAAAUGAUUUCUUCUGGGAUGAGUUCGAAAAUCUUGAAAGAAGCUCUUCUUCAGCAGAGGGAAAUAGAUGAGGAAGACUCAGCAGGGAAUUUUAAUGGCGCAUUUGGUUCUGUUGAAGAAGAGCGGAAUAAGCAUGAAGAAGAAGAGGAUAUUGAUGAUUUUGGUGGAUUUUCUGAGACGCAAAGUCAGUUUGGCAACUAUGAAGAGGAGAUUGAUGAGGAAGAUGAGAAAUUGCUGGAAGCAUUCUUGUCGAAGAAUGCUGGUCCAAAAAGGACGCUUGCGGACCUUAUAAUUCAGAAGAUCAAGGAGAGUGAUGCAAAUGUUGCUUCAGAAACACGACCUUUGCCUAAGUUGGAUGACUCCCUCAUAGAUUUGUAUAAGGGAGUUGGAAAGUUUCUGAACAAAUACACAGCAGGGAAAAUGCCCAAGGUGUUUAAACACAUUCCGUCAAUGCAACUCUGGGAGGAUGUUCUGUACUUGACUGAACCUGAGAAUUGGUCUCCGAAUGCGAUGUUUCAAGCCACAAGAAUAUUUGCUUCCAAUUUGGGUGCUAAGAAGGCAGAGCGUUUUUAUAGGCUAGUCUUGCUUCCUCGUGUUAGAGAUGAUAUUAGGAAGAAUAAAUGUCUUCAUUUUGCACUUUAUCAGUCUUUGAAAAAGGCUUUAUACAAAGCUGCUGCAUUCAACAAGGGAAUAUUGCUUCCUUUGUGUAAGUCAGGGACAUGCAAUCUCAGGGAGGCUGUUAUUAUUGGGAGUGUUCUUAAAAAAGUCACCAUUCCUAGGCUUCAUUCAAGUGUUGCAUUAAUGAAGCUUGCGGAGAUGGAAUAUUGUGGUACAACAAGUUAUUUUAUAAAGCUUCUUUUGGAGAAGAAGUAUGCUCUGCCAUAUCGUGUUGUUGAUGCAGUUGUUUCUCAUUUUAUGAGAUUUCUUGAGGAUACAAGGAUAAUGCCUGUCAUAUGGCAUCAGUCGCUUUUGGCGUUUGUGCAAAGGUACAAAAAUGAACUGCGCAAGGAAGAUAAAGAUAACCUUAGAAUUCUAGUUGAGACACAAAAGCAUAAAUCGGUUACUCCUGAAAUUAUUAGGGAGCUAGAUAACAGCCGCAAUCGGGGUGAGAAGGAGGAUGACCCUAUGUUGAUGGCAUCUCCUGUUUCUGUGAUCAAUAAAGCAAUUGAGGAAGACAGGUUCGAUAUUCCAGAUGUACCUAUGGAGGAGGAUUGAUUGUUUAUGGCUGGUUAUCCAAUUGAUUGCUUGUUAGGUUCUCAAUGCAGGUUUUUCAUUUUUGCGAGGGUUAUUGGAGGAAGACUCUUUGAUUGGGCAGUGGGAAACCUGUUUAGCAUUUGAGAUGUGAAGGAUGCAGGGACUAAAGUAGAAGUUAUCAAGGAGUUUAUAUACCUUAUACGGUCCUGGAAGUAAAUUUACAGUUGGCUGACCUUGGUGUGAAUGGUUUGUUGGGGACAAUUGCAGGAUGAAUUUGUCUUUACCCAUUUUUACGUUUUUGUGGAAUUGAAGUAUAUAAUUAAUAGUUUGAUUUGGAUGGAAAACCAUUUGAUGAUUUGGUGAAAUGAGCGAGUAAGCUAUCUAUAUUAACAGGGUG